CUGAUCUGCUCGUGGCCAUGCAGGUGGAGAACUGCGUCUCGCCAGCGAGCGAUCCCUCCAAGAAAUUUAUGAAGGUGGGCAGUGGCUUCGCAGGCUCCGAUGGAUCUGAGCUCUCGCUGCAGGAGCAUCCUCUUAUAUCUGCGAGUGACAACCUGGAGAGAAGUUCACCUCUGAAAAAAAACUCCAGGGAGAUGACGAAUCAGUCAGAGGCAGACAAUUUCCCCGACUCCAAGGACGCGUCAGGGGACGUCCAGAGGGACAAACUCUCUCCUGAUCUGCACGGAGUCGCUGUCAUCCGUCAUAAUUUCGAUGGAUCUGCAGGAGAAAGGUGCAUCUUCUCUCCGUCCAGCCAGCCGCAGUCCGUCUCAGCAGCUUCUGGUGCCAUGUUCCCCUACCCGAGCCAGCAUGGACCUGCGCACCCGGCUUUCUCCAUCGGGAGUCCGAGCCGUUACAUGGCCCACCACCCGGUUAUUACGAACGGAGCUUACAACAGCCUCCUGAGUAACUCCCCUGCUCAGGGCUACACGGCGGCGGGUUAUCCUUACGCGCAGCAGUACGCGCACGCUUACCAAGGAGGCGCUUUUUACCAGUUCUCCCCGGCGCAGGCGGGACUGGUUCCGGGGAAAGCGCAGGUGUAUCUGUGCAACAGGGCCCUGUGGCUCAAGUUCCACAGACAUCAAACUGAGAUGAUCAUCACAAAGCAAGGACGAAGAAUGUUUCCAUUUUUAAGCUUCAAUAUUUCUGGCCUUGAUCCCACGGCUCACUACAAUAUAUUUGUGGAUGUAAUUCUUGCUGAUCCAAAUCACUGGAGGUUCCAAGGAGGCAAGUGGGUGCCGUGUGGAAAAGCAGACACGAAUGUAAUAGGGAAUCGGGUUUACAUGCAUCCGGAUUCGCCAAACACCGGUGCGCACUGGAUGCGUCAAGAAAUAUCAUUUGGGAAACUUAAGCUCACAAACAAUAAAGGCGCCUCCAACAACACGGGGCAGAUGGUGGUUCUUCAGUCUCUGCACAAAUACCAGCCCAGACUGCACGUGGUGGAAGUAAACGAGGACGGAACAGAAGACACGAGCCAACCAGGACGCGUUCAGACUUUCACCUUCACAGAGACGCAGUUCAUCGCCGUCACAGCCUACCAGAACACCGACAUUACGCAGUUGAAAAUUGACCACAAUCCCUUUGCCAAAGGAUUUCGCGACAACUACGACACAGUCUACACAGGCUGCGACAUCGACCGCCUCACUCCGUCUCCGGGUGACUCUCCGCGUUCACAGAUCGUGCCGGGUGCGAGAUACGCCAUGCCGAGCUCUUUCCUGCAGGACCAAUUUGUCAGCACUUAUGCCAAAUCUCGCUUUCACUCUGGCGUGGGGACUGGCCCUGGCACGGAGCGCAGCGUCCCACUCGGCAACAGCUUGCUGUCCCCGCACCAAACCGAGGAGCCCACUGUUGCCUCCCCCCCGCAGCGAUGGUUUGUCACCCCUGCCAACAAUCGACUGGACUUCGCGGCCUCAGCAUACGAUGCGGCUGAUUUCGCCGGUAACGCGGCCACCUUGCUGUCCUACGCAGCGGCUGGAGUGAAGGCUCUUCCCAUGUCGGCGGCGGGCUGCUCCAACCGGCCUCUUAGCUAUUACGCAGACCCGUCCGGCUGGGGAGGACGCACGCCGCCGCAGUACUGCGGCGUCAACAACAAAUCCAGCUCGGUGUUCCCCUGCUGGCCCGCCAACUCCAUCGGCGGCAGAACGAGCGCCAACUACCUGAGCGAGGAGGUGGACUCCAUCCCCACGGAGAGGUCACCGAUCGGCGGCUCCGAGGAAACCAAACCCAAAGACGUGUCAGAAUCGAGCUGGAUAGAGACCACGCCCUCCUCCAUUAAGUCCAUGGACUCCAGCGAUUCUGGGAUCUUUGAACAAGCCAAGAGGAGACGGAUGUCACCGUCGGCCACGCCCGUGUCACAGACCGUGUCCCCGCUCAAGUCUGAGAUGUUAGCUCCGAGAGAAUGCGAGAAAAACUGCACGAAGGACAUUGGUUAUUACACUUUUUAUCCUCACAGUUAAAUCAUCUAUCUAUCUAUCUAUCUAUCUAUCUAUCUAUCUAUCUAUCUAUCUAUCUAUCUA